AUGGCUGACGAAUCUGCUAACUCCUCCGAACAGACCGUUUCCAAUGCAACUAUCACGUCUUUCGCUAGCUCUGCUGUUACUUCGCUUUCUACUGCUCAUCACUUUAUCAGUAUUAAGCUUACCCAUAAAAAUUAUCUCAUGUCGUUCGUAGAUGGAUUUCAUCCCAGUCCGGCGCCCUUCCUCCCCGCCGUCGACGGUGCGUCGCCGGCCCCAAAUCCUGAGCAUGCCACGUGGUUUCAGCAUGAUCGGGUUCUUAUGUCUAUGUUGAUCUCUUCUCUCAGUGAAGAAGUUAUGCACCUCGCCGUUGGACGCCGUACGUCACGAGAGGUUUGGGAUUCAAUUGAACAGUCUUUGGCUUCCGUAUCUCGCGCCCUCUCAUUAAAUCUCCUUGGCCAACUCCAGUCUCUCAGCUAG